UUGAAUGGUAGAUUUGGCAAUGGUGAAAUUUGCUGCGCGUUACGCCAUUACGUUUAAUGAAAAAUAUUUAUAGUUUUAUCGAUGUGUUUCAAUUACUUAGUGCUUGAUUUCAGAGACAUAAUUUUCGCAUAUCGAACAUUAUCUUUUCCUACUAAGAAAGCUUCAAAGCUGUUUGAAGCUUUCUGUGUAGUAUUCAUGGAACUAUGAACCUGGACUCGUUGUCUUUUGCUUUGUCUAAUAUUAGUUAUUCUGUGGCUAAUUUGACUAAAAAGAAUUUUAAAUCUAGUGUGCAAGAAAUAACCAGACUUGUAACCUGUCACGGGUUAGAGGCUGAGCGGCACCUCCUGCGCUGUCUAUUUUCUCAUGUGGAUUUCAGUGGUGAUGGUAAAAGUAGCGGUAAAGAUUUCCAUCAGACUCAACUUUUAAUACAGGAGUGUGCGUCUAUUUUACAUAAACCAAAUUUUGUAUCAACGUUUUGUUAUGCAAUAGACUGCCCUCUACAACAACAAAAGAGUUUAAGACCAUCGUCCUCUCUUUUAUCCCAAUUGAGUAAAGUUCUCAAGUUAUCUUCUGUUCAAGAAAUUUCAUUUGGAUUAGCUCUUUUGCAUUCUUCAAUUCCUGACCACAUUAACCAUUCUGUGAAUUUUUUGAAACUAAAACUUCCCGAUUUUAUUAGGAAUAUUUGUGACCAAGAUCUGUCAAGCCUUGAAGAUUCUUUUGACUUACCUCCUGUAAUUGUACAUUUGUUGCUUCAUCAGCUAAACUGUGGAAACAAAGAUUUAGGUAUAUCAUCAGAAAGCAAGGAGAAAUUGAAUAAGCGACUGAGUCUAGAUUUUGCUGACAAAGUACCUUUACUGCCUUAUUUACGUGUGGAUAAUUUAGAUCCCAUGAUGGAGAAUAUUGGGAACGUACCAAAAUCAUCUGAUGAUUCUCUAGUAGAGGUCAUACAGGAAAUGGGUUAUAACUUCACUGCAAGUGUUGAAGAAUGUAAAAAUAACAUGGCACAAAUUGGACUAAGAGAAAUAAAGCCAUCUCUGGUUGCCAGAGUUCUUUCAAUGAUGGCCCGAUCUCAUACUGGACUGACAGAUGCUAUGCCACUUCAGAAUAUGAAUAGUAAUAUGGUGAUGUGGGGUGGAGAAAAAGAAAAAUCUGAGGUUAAUCAGCAAGCCACAUGGAAUGUGGAAGUUUUUGUCCAAGCUGUUCGUGAUUUGGCACCAUCAUUAGAUUGGAAAGAAAUUGUUCAUGAUCUUGAUAAUCCUGAUUUUCUUCUGAAAGACCGAAAGGGUUUGAAACUUCUAUGGCAAGGUCUCAUUCUGGGCUUAAGUCAAGAAACUUUUCCCAUGGAUAGAAUGUAUAGACGUUGGAGAAACUCUGAAGGCCAGUUCUCAUUUUUUCAGCAAGUUCUCAAUUGUUGUGACAUAGUAUGCCUAACAGAUUAUCCCCACCGUCCUGUUUUAACAGAUGCCUUAAAAGCUCCUCCUGAAGAUGAUAACAAAAGCAUUUCAAAUUGGAAAUCACUUGACCUCAUAGAAACUUUGUUAUGCUUAUCAGAAACACCUUUUUUUAAAGAUGAAUUGUUUAAAUUUCCUCUGGCACAUUGUCCUGAUCUUCUCAUUUUAGGUCUCAUUCAAACUUCACGAGCCAUCAAUCCCCUUCAUAAGGAGCUAUUGUCAAAUUUAAUUCCAAUUUUUCUUGGAAAUCAUCCUAACUCUGCAAUGGUUUUUCAUCUUGCUUGGCAUAGUCAGUAUCAUUCUGCUACAAUCCGCAACAUCAUCAUGCAUGCAAUGGCAGAUUGGUAUGCUAGAGGUGAUGGUGACCAAACCAGACUUUCCAGAAUUCUUGAUGUGGCACAAGAUUUGAAAGCUUUAUCUAUGUUGUUAAAUUUAACACCAUUUUUAUUUGUUAUUGACCUAGCUUGUCUCGCCUCUCGAAGGGAAUACCUUAAACUGGAUAAAUGGUUGACGGAUAAAGUGAGAGAUCAUGGGGAGUCAUUUGUUGAAUCAUGUGUGAAUUUUUUGACCCGGCGAUCUCCUCAGAUAAUGGGUGGAAAUAUUAAAGAAGAAAAUCUUCCUAAAAGUGCUCUACCAACUGAAACCCUUGCUACAAUGCUUGGAUUUUUGCAUUCUUUAGCUCCGUCAUUACCACAGGAGCUUUCCGAAAAAAUUCUUACCAUGGUUGCAAAUUGUGCAACAGUUCUUAACAAAAAUCGACUGCCUCCACCUGGUGUAGUGAAAACAUCACAAGGGUUGCAAUCUGUAUUGUCAUCUGCUGUCAUUAAUACACCUAAUACACCACUGGAUCAACUUGUAAAUCUUACUUCAUCUGUAUCUGGACUUAAUCUGGGAAAUAAUGUUAAGAGUAGUACAGGGAACACUGCAUUUCCACCAUUGUCUCUUGGGAGCUUUACUAUUCCAUCUUCUGGAUCGCCUGCAAAGAUGUUGUCGGUUGGAACUCCUGCUAUAAAAAGUGGUACGACAAGUAGCCAAAUAACACAAAGCCAAUUUUCAAACGUUAUGGCUUCAGGUACCCCACAACUACCAACCCAGUUUGGAGAUGUUGGACAAAUUCUUACUGAAUCAUCUGGUCCUGUAUCAAAAGAAAUUGAAGAUGAAGCAAAUAGCUACUUUCAAAGAAUCUAUAAUCAUGCACCACAUUCCUCUUUACCUAUUGAAGAAGUUCUGGAUAUGUUAAAAAGAUUUAAAGAAUCUCCAAUUCAAAGAGAACGGGAAGUUUGUAGCUGUAUGAUAAAAAAUCUCUUUGAAGAGUAUAGAUUUUUUCCUCAGUAUCCUGAUAAAGAACUUCAGAUAACUGCACAAUUAUUUGGAGGGAUUGUUGAUCAAAAUUUAGUGAGCUACCUCAGCCUUGGCUUGGCUUUGCGUUAUGUGCUAGAGUCUGUUAAAAAGCCAUCAAAUAGUAAAAUGUUCUUCUUUGGAGUAACAGCCAUGGAUAGAUUUAAAACAAGGUUAAAAGACUACCCUGCAUAUUGUCAGCAUCUUACUACACUGCCGAAUUUUCAUGAAUUGCCACAAAAUUUAGUUGAGUAUAUUGAAUAUGGUGCCAGAUCUCAAGAACCACCUCUGAAUAGGCCUGUUACAGUUUCACAAGCAUUAAAUACAACAUCUGCAUUUCCUAACAUUACUCAAGCUCCUAGUAUGCCAUUGACAACCACGACAACUACUGUCACCAUCACAACAGCAACACCUAAAAUAACUGGCAAACCUUCUAUUGCUAAUGCAACCAACAUUGAUACACUCUUGGGUGCUACUGAAAAAGAUGAGAAAUUGGUAAAUCCUCCUGAUUCAGUGCAAGAUAAAGUUUCAUUCAUUGUAAAUAACUUGUCUCAGUCAAAUUUAUCGCAGAAAACUGAGGAAUUUCGAGAAAUUGUUAAAGAGGAGUACUGGCCUUGGGCAUCCCAAUACCUAGUCAUGAAAAGAGCUUCCAUUGAACCCAAUUUUCAUACCUUAUAUUCAAAUUUUCUGGAUACAUUGAAACUCUCUGAUCUGACAAAAUUGGUGAUUAGAGAAACUUUCAGGAAUAUUAAAGUUUUGUUGCGGAGUGAUAAGACAGUUGCAAAUUUCUCUGAUCGAUCUCUUCUGAAGAACUUGGGACAUUGGUUAGGUAUUUUAACUCUUGCCAAGUGUAAACCAAUACUUCAAGUUGAUAUAGAUAUCAAAUCACUUAUAAUUGAAGCCUAUCACAAUGGAUCACAUGAACUGCUUUAUGUUGUUCCUUUUGUUGCCAAAGUGUUAGAAUCUUGUGCAAAGAGCAAAGUGUUUAAACCACCUAAUCCCUGGACAAUGGGAAUAAUGAAAGUGCUGUGUGAAUUACAUAAGGAACCAGAUUUGAAACUUAACCUUAAGUUUGAAAUCGAAGUCCUGUGUAAAACUUUAAAUAUCGAUAUAAAUGAAAUUAAGCCUUCAGGCAUUCUCAAAGAUCAAGAUAGAAUAUUAAAGAUUGAUUCCCAGUUGUCUCCAUUACCAAAACAUAAAGAGCAACAGGCUGUUGGUUCAGUCAACAUCCAAGUUCCACCUCAGCCUGCUCUUAGCAAUGUGGUUCCUCCUACAGCAAACCCACUAGCUAAUAAUGUACUUCAUGAAGAGAAUAUACCAACAUUAGGAAGUCCACCUACGACUUUGUCUUCUGGGCAGAUUCCACCUUUAUGCGCUGCUGCUCCUCCUCAGCCACACUUUGCUUAUGGGGAUAUUAAUAUUGUCAACUUAAGUCAGAUAGCACAGCACCUAAACAUAAAUUCUACGAUUCCUUUAUUCCAAACUCAUUCCCAAUUGAAGCAAUUUGUUAGGGUAGCUAUCGAAAGAGCUGUUCAAGAAUGGCUUGCUCCUGUCGUAGAAAGAUCUGUGAAGAUUUCUCUGACAACCUGUGAACAAAUCAUCAAGAAGGAUUUCGCCCUCGACCCUGAAGAAGCGAGAAUGAGGGCUUCAGCUCAUCAUAUGAUCAGAAGUUUGACUGCUGGUAUGGUGAUGAUUACAUGUCGUGACCCUCUGUUUGUUUCAAUCAUCACUAAUUUGAGAACUGCUUUUUUAGGAGCUUUGAGGAAUCCUACUCCACAGCAAAAAGAAUUGACAGAGCAAGCAGCAGAAGUUGUGGCCACUGAAAACUUGGAACUUGCUUGUUGCUUUAUUCAAAAAACUGCUGUCGAAAAAGCUCUCCCUGAAAUUGACAAGCGUUUAGCCUCUGAAUACGAGGCAAGAAAACAUGCUAGAAGUGAAGGUAGACGUUAUUGUGACCCAGUUGCGUUAACUUAUCAAGCAGAAAGGAUGCCAGAACAAAUAAGAUUAAAGGUUGGUGGUGUUACUCCUCAGCAAAUGGCUGUUUAUGAAGAAUUUGCCCGUAUGAUUCCUGGAUUCUUACCAAGUGGUGAAAGAGAGCAGCAGCAAGCGAAUCUUGGAAGAUCCGUGGCUGUGAGUGACCUACUGAUGAUGCAGCCAUAUGCCACAGAUGAAAUGUCCCAGAUUUAUGACAAACUAAUCAGUGAACUGGAAAUGUUACUGCAUGCUACAAAUCAUUCUAAUCCUCAUAUACUGGCCUUGCACAGUUUAUUGGAAGCAGUUCUAAUGGCCCGAAAUACUAGAGAAAUGACAUCAGCUGUUGCCCUGCUACAAAAGGCUGUUGAUGGAUUUUUGGAAGGUAUGUGUCAAGCUGCUUCAGACAGUGAUGUGUCAAUGCGCUUUAGAGAUGGUCAUCUGCUAGUGAUGAAAGCUUUGGCUGAUCCUAGAGUCUAUGGUCAUCAAUGGACUAGUAAACAGAUUACACGUUGGUUGAUUGAAAGUCGUGAAGAGUGCAGGUAUAAUCCAGAAGCUGUAGAUCUUUUAAUUAGAAAUCAUCUCAUCAACUUACAGGCUUAUGAUUUGCAUCUGACCCAGUCAAUGGAAAAUGGAAUGAAUAUGAUGGCAGUUCAAUUUGCGAUGCAAUUAGUGAAAAUGUACUUAUUGGAUGAAAGACAUACUGGUUUGGUAUCGGAGGCUGAUCUGUACAAUACUGUUGAAACGUUAGGUCGCAUAACAUCAAAUCAACGGCAGCUUCCUGAUGGAUUAAAUCAAUUGCUGGAUAUGUUGCGUAGUACUGGUGAACCUUUCCUGGAUCGUGCUCCUGGCAGUGGUCCCAUAGGAAUGAUGUACUCUGGCAUAACUCAAGCCCGAGAAUUUGAUGAUCCUCCUGGUCUUUAUGAGAAAACAGAGUUUUUAUUAAGAGAGUGGGUUACUAUGUACCAUUCACCUAAAGCUGGAAAGGACAGCACAAAUGCUUUCUCAUUGUUUGUACAUCAAGUUAGUGCUCCGAGAUUUAUGAAUUUACAAGGAAUAUUAAAGACUGAUGAACUAAUUACUCGCUUCUUCCGCCUGAGUACUGAAAUGUGUGUUGAUCUGAGUUAUCGUGUUCUCAUGGACCAAAACCUUAAAUCGCCAACAGUUAUUCGUGCCAAGUGUUUUCAUACUUUGGAUGCCUAUGUUCGGCUGAUUGCUCUUCUGGUAAAGCAUAGUGGUGAUAACAACAACACAGUAACUAAAGUUAAUCUUUUGAACAAGGUAUUAGGUAUAGUGACUGGAGUGCUUCUUCAGGAUCAAGAGUUGAGAGGGGUGGAAUUUCAGCAAUUACCUUAUCACAGAAUUUUUAUCAUGUUGUUUUUAGAGCUGAGUGCCCCAGAAGCCGUUUUGGAAGCUAUAAAUCCCCAAAUACUUACUGCCUUUUGCAAUACUCUGUAUUAUUUGAGGCCACAGAAAGCUCCAGGGUUUGCUUAUGCUUGGUUGGAACUUGUUUCACAUAGAGUAUUCCUUGGUCGAGUUCUAGCUCUUUCACCUGCCCAAAAGGGAUGGACAAUGUAUGCCCAGUUGCUAGUCAGCCUCUUUAAAUUCCUUGCCCCUUUCCUACGGAAUGUUGAACUUGCAGCACCUAUUCAAUUGUUGUACAAGGGUACACUUCGUGUAUUGCUAGUACUUCUGCACGAUUUUCCUGAGUUCUUAUGUGAUUACCAUUAUGGAUUUUGUGAUGUCAUAGCUCCUAAUUGCAUUCAGAUGAGAAAUUUAAUUCUCAGUGCAUUCCCUCGCAACAUGAGACUUCCAGAUCCAUUUACACCUAACUUAAAAGUGGACUUGCUACCAGAAAUCACGCAAGCUCCCAGAAUCCUUGCAAAUUUCAACAAUCUGAUUCAACCACCUUCAUUCAAAAAGGACUUGGAUUCAUACAUCAAAACAAGAGCCCCUGUAACAUUUUUGUCUGAACUUAGAACAAGUUUGCAGGUGUCAAAUGAGCCUGGAAUGCGGUACAACAUACCUCUUAUCAACGCUCUAGUUUUAUAUGUUGGCACUCAAGCUAUUCAGUAUAUCCAAAAUAAAGGCAAUACUCCAAACAUGAGCACAAUUACCCAUUCAUCUCACAUGGAUAUUUUCCAGAACCUUGCUGUAGACUCUGACACAGAAGGGCGCUAUUUGUUCCUCAAUGCCAUUGCUAACCAGUUGCGCUAUCCUAACAGUCAUACUCAUUACUUCAGUUGUACCCUUUUGUACCUGUUUGCAGAAGCAAAUACUGAAGCCAUUCAAGAACAGAUUACAAGAGUUUUGUUAGAGCGUCUGAUAGUCAAUCGACCUCAUCCUUGGGGAUUAUUGAUCACUUUCAUUGAACUCAUCAAGAAUCAAAACUUCAAAUUUUGGAAUCAUGAGUUUGUUCGAUGUGCUCCUGAGAUUGAAAAGUUGUUUGAAUCUGUUGCAAGGUCCUGCAUGCAUCCAAAGCCUUCCUCGGAGCAGACCACUUCGUGAGAGUCAUUUGUGUGUACAUACAUUUAUCAAUCUUCAACUGUGAUUACUGCCCUCUCAUAGACUCUUGCCACAGUUCUUUCGUAUUCAUUCGGUCUCCUCUGCCAAACAAAAGGACUUAUGCAAUGGAUUUAUUUUAAAGCUCAGGCAGCUGGGACACAGUGUAUAUUGAAGCAUCGUAGUUUCUUUUUGUUUUAUGUAUGUGUAUUUUGUAGCUAUUUUAUGAUUCUGUUCUUAAAUGAUUUUUGCAAUAAAUGAAAUGGAAAUUUU